GUGGACGGGGUAGGGAUGGACGGAAUUUGACAGUCAAUAAUAUUCCCCAUUCCGACUCGCUCGUGUCAACAAACUCCACAGAGAUGGGCGCCGGAAAGAGUCAAUUCACCGAGGAAGAGCUGCAAGAUUACCAGGACUUGACGUAUUUUACGAAAAAGGAAGUUCUGUAUGCCCAUCAAAAAUUCAAAGCAUUAGCCCCUGAGAAAGUAGGGCACAACAGAAAUGCAAAACUGCCGAUGUCGAAAAUACUUCAGUAUCCAGAGCUCAGAGUCAAUCCAUUUGGAGACAGAAUUUGUAAGGUCUUCAGUUCGAGUCAGGAUGGCGACUGCACGUUUGAAGAUUUCUUGGAUAUGACGUCUGUCUUCAGUGAUGCAGCACCAAAAGCAGUCAAAGCUGAACAUGCUUUCAGAAUAUUUGAUUUCGAUGGCGAUGAUAUGCUGGGUGUCGGCGAUCUCCGUCAAGUUAUUGAUCGUUUAACUGCACCACAAAGACUGAGUGAGAGUGAUAUGCAACGCCUGCUCCAAUAUCUUCUGGAAGAAGCCGAUCUCGAUGAUGAUGGUGCUCUCAGUUUUGCUGAAUUCGAGCACAUCAUUGAGAAAAGCAGCGAUUUUUCGAAAACAUUUCGAAUUCGUUUAUGAGAUUCACAAUAAUUAGAGUUCCCGAGGAAUUCUAAAGCUUAAUUAAAAGCUAAAUUAAAAAUGAAUCUCCAUGACUCGAAAAGAAGAAGAUUGAAAAGGAAUAAUCGCCUGAAGAUGAAGGGAAAACUUGCGCACUUGGGGCCUAAUGCAUCAUACGUACUGGAGACAAUUACAGGGGCAAAUUGUAAAUCGAGGGCCUAUAUCUCACAACUCUCAACAAUUUAAAACAAAAUACUCUCCAAUUGAGCGAUGCCACCAAUUGUGAACUAUGCACAUCUUGCAUUUAUUAUUUUCUAAGAAGAUCUGAGUAUUUAUGAAACUAGUAGUAGAACUUGGAAUACUUUCUUUGAAUUCCCACAAGAACUGAAUGAGCGGAACAAUACAUUUUCACAGAUAGUCGAGAAAUCUCAUAUUCAUGUUCACGUGAGAGAAUUUUGAAUGAGUCAUCAUUAUACUAAUUUUUCCAAUAUCUCCCGAAAAAGACUCGAUUUGAAAAUUCACGAAAACUGCCGACGAUAAUACUAAACCAAGUAAAUAACCACUAAAAAAUAGUAAAGAAGAGUAGAAAGCACUCAAAAUUGUACAUAAAGAUUUCGAUAUCGAAGCAAAAAUGGUUGCGAUGUACUGGAUCUCCCGAUGAUGUGGGAAAAAUAAAUUUAAUAUAAAUCUGAUUAGUUUUUUUGCAACUGUUAAUGUGGAAAAAAAGCAGAAAUAUCUAGAGAGUGAUCAGUUUGUAAAGAAUGCCAUUAUUUGAAUUAUUUCAGAGUCCCAAUUAUUUAGCAGUGAAAUUUCGAAAGUCGAAUGUUAAGAAUCAAAUAUUAUACGUUAAAGAUGAAAAGUUGAGAGUCAAAGCCUCACUUGACGUGGGUUUUAAAAAUUAAUUCUUGACUCUCAUCAUAUUUUUCAUUUUAUUUGAUUAGUCAAGGACCCCCCGUGCAUUACCCAGGCCAUAAUACAGUAGCGAAGCGGUAAACCGGGUCAAGUCGAUUUUGACUUUUGGCCAGUUUUUUAUUAAU